AAGGUUCUAGGACCAGACCACCCAGACACCCUAGAGAGCCUCAACAACCUAGCUCUCGUGCUGCGGAACCAAGGGAAGUACGGCGAAUCAGAGGGGAUGCACCGGCGUGCAAUCGAGGGCUUCGAGAAAGUUCUCGGACCAGACCACCCGAACACCCUAAAAAGCCUCAACAACCUAGCUAUGCUUCUG